AAGAGGAAGAGACAGAGUCAGGUUCUUUUCCUACUUUCUUCUCUUCUCUUCUCUUCUCUUCUCUCGGCAUUUCUCUUUUCUCUUUCUUUUAUUUCUAUUUUUGUUUCUUCGAAAACCCUAGACCAAGAGGGCAAGGGCGUGCGAGAGAGAGAGUUGCACGAGGGAGAUCACCAAAUGCUCAAUCCGUAACGAGCAAGCUCGGUGGUGAGUGGGAGAACGAGUUAUUGGGAGUCAGAGAGUGAACGCAGGAGCUAGAGAGCGAGAUACAUGAAAUUCGAACCUAGGGUUGCCGAAAAAGGGGAAAUCGAACAAGGUUUUAAUUAAGGUGGAACUUUAAUUAAAAAAACUGCUGCUGUUUGUGUUAGGAUUUGAAAAUGUCAAUGGCAAGCGAAUCAAGUUGGGUGGGGAGGAAGCCAGUGAAACGUAUUGGGGGAAUGUCAGAUGCUCUAUCAAUUGCUGCUGAUCUUGGUUUCUCUAUGUCCCCUCCCCCAUCCCAGGAAGGACUUCAGAACUCAUCCCCCACUACUGGGGAAAAGGGCGAGGACUUGAUCAGGGUUUUGAGAGAAUUAACUACUGUCCAAAGAAAAAUCGCAGACUUGCAAGUUGAACUUCAAGGUCGAAAGGAUGACAAAAAUGUUGCACAUUUGACUCAUGUGAGUGAAAUGGAAAAGAAGAUUGAGACAUUGGCAAGGAUUACUACUAUACUCAAAGAUGUUAUUCAGAACAAGGACCGCAUUAUAGCUCGCUUGCAGCAGCCAUAUUCCCUUGAUUGCAUUCCUGUUGAAGCAGAGUAUCAGAAACAAUUCUCUGAACUACUGAUGAAGGCAGCUAGUGAUUAUGGUGCUUUGACAGCUUCAGUGGCAGAUUUUCAGUGGAGUCAGAAUUUCAAAGAACCUCCUUCAGUUUGGGGGGAAAUGCUUCGACCCAUUCCUGUAGCUUUGGCAUCUUGCACUCGGUUCUUUGAAGCCAUGUCUGCCACAAGAGAGUCAUUUGCAACACUUCAAAAACUGAGAGUGGGCCAUUUUGAUUCCCCUCUAACUAGGACACCGGCGGGUGAUCCUUCCCAAAGGGUACCGGGAGUUUCUGAUUGUUUAACCCCACCUCCAUGGAAAACUGAAUCAAAUUAUGACGACUUAGGAAUCAGAAAUCAAAGGAGGCAACACCUAGAUCAGGUGGAAGAUGUAAACAGCUAGGUAACUGAGAUCCGUCUGAAUAUUUGUACAAGCUCAAGGAUCUUGUCUUUUUCUUCCCUCAGUGAAAGAAGUAUGUUACAUAGCUAUCUAACAUACUGUACGUACCUUGUGUGAUAUAAUACUCAUUUGCUUUUGCAAAUCAAUUACUGGUCAUUGUUGUUUAAGAAUUAUAUAUUUCCGUCACCGGAAAUUGUCAA